UCCGCUCUCCUGCCCUACUCCGGGCUGCGCCGGGAGGGGAGCCCUGGCUUGCAGAACCCAGCGCGCAGCACCCGCGGGAGGAACGUCCCGAUGGGCUCCUGGGAGGCUCUGCUCUUCUCCCCCUUCCUUCUGGGGAGUCGAAGUAGAGGCGUGAGGUUGAUGUUUUUGUUACUGACUCUGCAUUUGGGGAACUGUGUCGAUAAAGCAGAUGAUGAAGAUGAUGAAGAUUUGACAGUGAACAAAACCUGGGUCUUGGCACCAAAAAUUCAUGAAGGAGACAUCACACAAAUUCUCAACUCGUUGCUUCAAGGCUAUGACAACAAGCUGCGUCCAGACAUAGGAGUGAGGCCCACAGUCAUUGAAACUGAUGUUUAUGUGAACAGCAUUGGACCGGUGGACCCCAUAAACAUGGAAUACACAAUAGAUAUCAUUUUUGCCCAAACCUGGUUUGACAGUCGUUUGAAAUUCAAUAGCACCAUGAAAGUACUUAUGCUCAACAGUAAUAUGGUCGGAAAAAUUUGGAUUCCGGAUACUUUCUUUAGAAACUCAAGAAAAUCUGACGCUCACUGGAUCACCACCCCAAACCGUCUGCUUCGAAUUUGGAAUGACGGACGCGUUCUGUACACCCUAAGAUUGACAAUUAAUGCAGAAUGUUACCUUCAGCUUCAUAACUUUCCUAUGGAUGAGCAUUCCUGUCCAUUGGAAUUUUCAAGUUAUGGAUAUCCUAAAAAUGAAAUUGAAUAUAAGUGGAAAAAACCCUCAGUUGAAGUGGCUGAUCCUAAGUACUGGAGAUUAUAUCAGUUUGCAUUUGUAGGAUUAGCCAACUCCACUGAAAUCUCUCACACGAUCUCUGGAGAUUACGUGAUCAUGACCAUCUUUUUCGACCUCAGCAGACGAAUGGGCUACUUCACUAUUCAGACCUACAUCCCCUGCAUCUUGACGGUUGUGCUCUCCUGGGUGUCUUUCUGGAUCAAUAAAGACGCGGUGCCUGCAAGGACAUCGCUGGGCAUCACCACGGUCCUGACCAUGACAACCCUGAGCACCAUUGCCAGGAAGUCCUUGCCGAAGGUGUCCUACGUGACCGCCAUGGACCUCUUCGUGUCUGUCUGCUUCAUCUUUGUUUUCGCAGCCUUGAUGGAAUAUGGAACGCUGCAUUAUUUCACCAGCAACAAGAAGGAAAAGCCUGAGAGAGACCGAAAGCUGAGGAACAAGGCCUCGAUCUCGCCCGGCCUCCACCCUGGGUCCACCCUGAUCCCCAUCCACAGCAUCUCCCUGCCGCAGGGAGAAGAUGACGAUGGCUAUCGCUGUUUGGAGGGCAAAGACUGCGCCAGCUUCUUUUGCUGCUUCGAAGACUGCAGGACGGGGUCUUGGAGGGAAGGAAGAAUUCACAUACGCAUUGCCAAGAUCGACUCCUACUCCCGAAUAUUUUUUCCGACAGCGUUUGCCCUGUUCAAUCUGGUUUAUUGGGUUGGCUAUCUUUACUUAUAGAGCUCCAGCGAGUAGGCAGAAAUCCUAAGUCUGACUAAAUCCAACCUAAUCUUUUCUCCUUCAGUAACGCGAAGUUCAAAUUUGAAGUGCAGAGAAACCAAUGGUUAUGGUGGGAAUAGUACUGUAACUAGUUUAAGGCCUUCAUUGGGAAAUGUAACAGCUUCCAGACUUAAAUUUAUGUGCUGCUGAUCAGUUGCAAACUUCAGUAUAUUCAAAUGCUGUUAUGUAUGUUUACUUUAAUUUUCUUUCACUUCCUUACAUUCUAUGAAGGUUUUGGGUUUAUAAAUUCUAUGAUUCAUAUUUUAAAGGUGGAAUCACUUUAAUACAUAUUUUGUUCAAAUAGAAUCUGUCGUCAUUUGUGGAAAGCUAAUGGUUAAUAUUUGUAUAGUAAUGUUUGGCCUAGGAAAGAUUUUUAAUUUGAGUUUUUCCUGGCUUUUUAUUUGUAAGCCCUAUUUGGGAUACAGUUCAUUAAAGCAUAAUGCUAUGAUUUCCAUGGGUGUAUUUCAAAGACGUUUUACUUCCAGGAAGAAAUGAAUGUUUAAAUUCUUGAUCAGUUACAGAAGAUUUAUGAAAAGUCUAGGGUUUAAGUCUUUGACCCCAGUCCACUUCCUGAUAUAAUAUUAAAUAGAAUUCCAGUUUCAUUUAGUUGGGUAAUUUGCAAAUUUGAGUGCAACCUACCAGUCAUUUCUUUGAAAUGCAAGGUUUAAAAAAAAAAUCAGGAAAAAAAAAUUCUGCAUUUAAUCAUUUAGUUCUCUGCUUCCCAGCAUUUAUGAAGUACAACGAGGUUAGCACUGAAAUGUUAAAACCCACCAAACACUGAAAUUAUACAGAGGAGGCUGACUUUGUUUUAUGCUCUACAAGAGUGCAAUAGCAGCUGUGUAUAAGAGUUCCAGACUUGCCACCCAGCUUGCUAGAGAACCUCAAGCACAAACUGCGGAAUUACCCUUAAAAAUGGUUUUCGUUGCCAAAGUGUAUUAGGACGAAGAGUUUCAUGAUCAAGGCCACCUUUUCUUUUCUUGUUUUUAAAAUAAUUAUUCUAUUUCUUUUCAUUUAUUAUUAUUUU